UAUAUCCUAAAUUAAAAAAUUAGUAACAACGACAAUAUAGAUUCCAAAUUCCAGAAAUGAUGAGUUUAAUAUGUAAAUACAGACAGAUUUGCGAAAAGAAACCAUAAUUUGAAACAUUUAAAAGAAAAAGCUUAGUUGUUCUUUUAACAAAAAUUACUUUAGGAACGAGCUUUAAUAAAAUAUAAAAAAAAAAAAAAAAAAAAAACAAAAUUGAUUAAAAAGCACCAAAGUUAGUGGAGUAUAAAUAGCUGAAAGAUUGACCAUAGACACGCACGGAUAUGAAGCCACGUUUCAUAUCUCUACGCCUUGAACUCCUCAAAUUCUGCAACUUGUCGUCUUUCCAACCCUUGUACUCAUCCCCAAAUCCCACCUCUCUCUUCAAAACCUCCCCAGACAGUCCUCAUUUCUACUUGCUAGUUUUCUUUUAGAUUCUACUUUUUCUCGUUUAACAGAAAACCUAAACCCAAUUCUCUAGUACACACCUAACCUGACAAAGAAAAAACCCCAAUAAUCUAACUCGAGAAAGGGAAAAAGAAAAGGCAAAUAAAAAUGUCAGGUGGGGUAGGUCCAACCUGUAACGACAUAAGCCUUCCAAGGGAACAAGAACAAGAACACAAGAUACAUGAAGAUAUUUCUUCCUUGAGGAAGUCUCAACACACUUCUCCUUCGAAGAAAGCUGCUUUCUUGAGUUUUACACAGCUAAAUGCCUUGGCUGUUAUCAUUGUCCUUGCUGCGAGUGGCAUGGUAAGCCCUGAGGAUUUUGCUUUUGUUGCCUUUUCCAUUUUCUACAUGUACUUCAUCUCAAGAGUUGCAUUUCCUUGUAUCGACCCAUCAAAGGAAUCCUUGGUGUUUGAUCCGAAGAACAAGAUUUUAAACAUCUAUGUGUUUGUUGGUGGUAUUAUUGGCCUAUUUCUUCCUAUAGCUUAUAUCUUUGAAGGGAUCUUUGAGGGUGAUAAAGAUGGGAUCAGGGCAGCAGCACCACAUGUCUUUCUCUUAGCAAGUCAGGUUUUUAUGGAAGGAGUGUCCUUUUCUGACAGGUUUGCAAUACCUGUAAGAGUUUUUGUGCCCGUAUUCUAUAAUUCGAGGAGGAUUUUUACGAUUGUAGAGUGGUUGAGGAGUGAAAUGUCAGCCAAAGUGGAAGAGGAGCACAGGGGAUCUGCUAGGAGGCUACACAUUGGAAGAGUUCUUGCUUUGGCUAACAUGGCAUUUUGGUGCUUCAAUCUUUUUGGGUUCUUGUUACCUGUUUAUCUUCCUAAAGCUUUUAAGAAGUACUACUCUGGAUCUAAAGUUCAGGAUUAGAACUACCACUAUUCUUAAUAUAACUAGUAUAUAUAUUAGAAAUAAAAGUGCUUGUUUGCACUGAAUUGUUAUCCAAAAUUUUAUCAAUGCAUUUCAAUUUUGUAUUCUCAAA